AUGACUGGAUUAUUGGACAAGAUUCGUGAUAAGAUAUCCAGUUCUGGGUCUCAGGAGAAGAACCAGCCGAAGGAGAGCAGCGGCAACAUGAUUUCGAGCACGAGCCAGAAGUCGUCGGAGGGGGAGCAGGUGUACUCGACCUUGCCACAUGAUGCUAAAACGAACAACCCUGCAGACUUACAACAACCCGGUUCGGAGGAGCAGUCGUUCCAGCCACCCGAUUUGAAUGCAGAACAAGCUGCCGCGAUAAAUGCUCUCAAGUCGAACCCUGGACCUGUUAUUAGUGAGGAGGUUGGGAAGCAACCUGUUACCGAUUCUGCAGAUCUCAAGGCAAAAGCAGCUGAGCUGAACAAGGAUGAUUCGAAUACAAACCAGGAAUCGUCAGGGCCAGUGUUCUCGAUCUUGCCACACCCCGCUAAAACGAACAAUCCCGCAGACUUAAUACAAGACGGUUCGUUCGUACCACCGGAUCUGAAUGCGGAACAAGCUGCUGCAAUCAAUGCGCUCAGGGCGAAUCCGGGACCUGUUAUUAGUGAGGAGGUUGGGAAGCAGCCUGUUUUGGACUCGGCGCAGGUCGAUGCGAAGGCAAAAGAGCUGAAUAAGUGA